AGAGGACAACUUCAAAUGAACGACUUUUAGUGUUUUUUUUUUCUCUGUUUAAUUUCUUCUCAACUUUCGUCUAUUAUUUGCAAGAAAUGAUCGUUUUUCAAAGACAUCUGAAGCAAAGAAGCCACUUACAAUGAAAAAAAUGGCAGCUUUAUUUACAAUGAACUGAUCGCCGUGCUGUGUUCUUUAGAUUAGGGUUUCAGAAUGGUGGAGGACUGCAGGUACUGUGAAAAGUGGAAGGAGCAGUGCAGAAAAUUUGAGGAACAUUUCUAUUGGGGACAUGUUAAUCCAAGGAGGAUGCAUUUCUCUAAGUCUAUGACUGGAGAUUUCUCAAAAUGCAUGAUCAUUCCGAAGAAGUUUAUUGAGCACUUUAAUGGCGAGCUACUUGAAACUGUUGAGUUGAAGGUCCCAAGUGGCGAUAUAUGGCACGUUGAACUAAAGAAGACGAACGAUGGAGUUGUUCUCGAUUGUGGUUGGAAGUAUUUUGUAGAAGCUCAGGGAAUUGAAGAAAAUGACACAUUGGUGUUUAAAUAUGAUGGCUGCUCUUCUUUUCUUGUCUUGAUUUUUGAGCGAAGUGGCUGUGAGAAAGCUGCUUCUCAUUGUGCAAGGAAAGGGGAUCCUAUAGAUAGUUUAUGUGAUAGACCUUCUUUCAAAAGGGGCAGACAUAGUUCCAAUGGAAACUCUUAUAGACAUACUAACCAAGCACAGCCUAUUACUGUUCAUCACAAAAAUUCAAGAGCCAACGGAAGUUCGGAAGAGAUUCAUGUCAGAGAGAGGAAGACUUCGAGGAGAAUUUAUAGGCGCAAGAAACUUUUAGUUGGUUCCAGGAAAAUGAAAGCUGCAAAAGAAGAAGAAAGAUGUAUCAUAAAAGCCAUAGAGAAUCCCUCCAAUGAAGUCUCUUUGGAUAAACGUUGUAGUCCUAACAUCUUCAUUGUUUCAAGGAAGGCAGGAAUUGACGAUGCAGAUAAGAAUAAACUGCAGAGUUUUGCUGAAUCAAUUCAGACAGAUAAGCCUUCUUUUGUAUCAAUCAUGGUGCCUUGCAGCAUUGUCAAAAGAUUUUAUAUGACCAUCCCCAUUGCCUUUGCAAUUGAGUUCCUUCCUCGAAGCAGCAACAGAGCUAUUCUCAAAGUUCCGGACAAGGAGGGCGUUUGGCCUGUUCAUUGCCUUGUUCAGGCUCGUUCAGUAGGGUUUACUUCAGGCUGGAAGGAUUUUGUUCAUGACAACAGCUUGAAGAUUGGUGAUAUCUGCUUUUUUGAGCUACUGGAGGUUCAGGAAGACAUAUUAAUGACUGUCUAUAUCAAUAGAAUUUAGGUGUUUACAUAUUUACCACUCAAUGCCUAUGUAUUUAUAUAUAUGACAGCUACCGCCUAAAUCUUUGGUAUCAUAUAAAAAAAUGCUACUGUUUUAACUUUUUAAAAGGUGAAAGAUGCAUGUUAAUGCAUGGGUAAGGUGGUAUAUAUGUAAAAAUUGAAGUUUGGGUGUUGGAUAUGUAAAUGCUUAAGAAAUUGAGAGGCAUGCAUGUAAAGCUUAUUAGAAUUUGGGUGAUAGUUAUUGUUGUAGAUUUAAGGCUUGUUGUUCUGCUCGACUUUGAAGCAGCUUAGGCUUUAAUAAUUUGGGAUUUCAUGCAUUAUAACUUGUAAGUUUUGGCAUUAAAUGGAAUGAAUGAUCUUAA